AUGCAGCUUCAAAGCAAGAACAAGGCAUUGUCGUUUUUACAUUUUGAAUCCACGGGACCUACAACGAACGCUACUAGAGUCUCGUCGAAAGUUUCCAACGAUGUUGCCAAAAGACGUAAAGGCCAAACAAAUUCACCCGGUCAGAGUGUACCCGCAGCUUUAAAAUCGACAUUGACUCCUGCAAAUUCGGUGACUACGGCUCACAGCGACUCUUUGGGCAGCUUACCCAGCAGCUCAAACUCAAACUCAAACUCAAACUCAAACUCGCGAGAUGUGUGCAAGUGCUAUUGUUGCGGCACAAUCUUGUCAUUUCCCAAUGAAGCCAACAAGUAUAAGUGUUCCAUAUGUCAUACGACGAAUAUAAUGGAGAAAAGUCAAUCGACGAAUAAAAAUGAAACGAAAUUAGAACUUUCCUUUAAAGAGAUCACUCGUUUGGUUGAGCAAUGCUUUGAACGAAUCAUUUCAAGAGAAGAAGGCAGGGGAGGGGGAGGAGGAAAAGAAGGAGGAGAUGGAGGAGGAGAUGGAGACGGAGAUGGAGAAGACGAUGAGAGAAAGUCGCUUCAUGAGAUUUUUGAGCCACUCUCAACAUACUUGUAUGACGCCUUCCGAUCGCGAGAUGUGUUGAACCGUGCUUUCAAAGUUGAUUCAAACUGCAAACGACCGCACCAGAAAACGUUCAAUGUUUGCUAUUCUGAAAUCCACGAGAUUUUCCAUUUACUCACAAAGUUGCCUACAAAGAGACCUCUAUACUCCGCUUUGAAGGGAGCAGUUGAGCAAUUGAAAAGAAUAAAUGCAUAUUUUUCAGAGACCAUUCUGGACUAUCAUUGGAUUUUUGUUUUACUUGAUAUUCCUAUUUUGUCAAGAGCACUUGUUUCCAAUGAUCCAAGAUUAAGGCUAAUGAGCGACGUCCCAGAGAUAAAAAUGCUAAGCUACGAGAUUUUAAAGAGGUGCCUUGGAAUCUUGUCUUGUCUUGACCAUCUGAAGCUUAUGAAAUACUUUGUUAGCUGGUUUGCCAAACUUGACAUAGCAGUGUUCAAUAACAAAGUAGAUGUACUCAAUUUAUACAUCACUUUCCACUUGAAAAAGUAUUUCUACUUGAUUAAUAAUCCUCGAGUGAAAUUGGCAUCAGUCCCCCUACAUAGGAUGUCGAGUAUGGAUACAGACAACUUGGAGUAUUUUCAAAGCUUGAAUUUGAAGAAAAAUAUUGAGUCAAACCUGAGCUUUUCUUUAUCACUGCUGCUCAAUGGUUCUGUUAAUCAAUACAACUCGAAUCCGUUUCCUUUGAAAUCCAGUGGCAAAGCGAGAGAUACCAAAAAGGAAAGCAAGAUCAAAGUUCAGCAAUAUGGCAAUGAUUGGCAUAUAAAAAGUGCACUUACAUUGUUGUCGCUUCUAUAUAAAGCCAAUAAGCUAAGACAUGAUUCAGUGCCUGUAUCAAACUUUUACAACACGCUCGUUGAUUAUGUUAAUACCAAGUUUGAUUUUGAUUCCUGGCAAAGAAACAAAAAUAUGAACUCUUUAUCCAAAAACUCUUCUCAACCGGAGAUAAAAUCUAUUAUUGGAUAUAUACAUGAAACUUCGUCUAGUCACAGUGGCUUAAGCGCCAGUGGAUCCUUGUCGUUUUACAUGUGCCAGUACCCGUUUGUUAUCUCACUCGGAAGUAAGAUUGCAGUUUUGGAAUAUGAAGCACGCAGGCAGAUGGAACGCAAAGCCGAGGAGGCAUUUAUAAGCUCUCUUGAUCGAAGAGUGAUUAUUGAUGUGCAUUUAAAGAUUAGGGUGAGAAGAGAUCAUAUAGUGCAGGAUUCUUUACAUUGCAUACAAUCGAAUAUGGGGAAUUUGAGGAAAAGUUUGAAAGUUCAGUUUGUUAACGAACCAGGUGUAGAUGCUGGUGGGUUGCGCAAGGAAUGGUUUAUGUUGUUAACCAAAGAAAUUUUCCACCCAAAUUCCGGUAUGUUUUACAAUGUCGAGGAUUCGAAUUUAUUAUGGUUCAAUCUAGUACCGGUUGAAAAUAAGGACAUGUACUAUUUGUUUGGUGCUGUUUUAGGUUUGGCCAUUUAUAAUUCAACCAUAUUGGAUCUACAAUUUCCCAAAGCUCUAUACAAAACCGUAUUGGCAAAACCUUUUGAUAUGGAUGAUUGCAAGGAGAUAUUCCCGCAAACUUUUGCCAAUCUCAACAAGUUGAGGAAGAUGGAAAAGCACGAAUUGGAUGCAUUGGAGUUGACUUUUGAGGUUACCUUCACCGACGUUUUUGGCGAUUAUCACAAUAAAGAGCUUGUACCCAAUGGUCUGAACAUACAUGUCAAUGAGAGCAACGUGAAAGAAUACAUUGAAAAGUAUUGUAUGUUUUUUGUUAGAGACGGAGUUAAGGAGCAGCUAGAUGCUUUUACUGAGGGUUUUGAUAACGUUAUUGGCGGCAACGCAUUGUCACUAUUUUCCGAAGAGGAAAUACAGCUUUUACUAUGUGGCAAUGACGAUCGUAGCGUAGAUGUGGACAUUUUGCAGUCGGUAACGAAAUACAGCGGGUGGUCAUCAAAUCAAGAAGCUCAGAACUCGAAUGUAGUACAGUGGUUUUGGCACUAUUUGAAAGAGAUGAAUAAUUCUGGGCGCAAAAGGGUUUUAGUUUUUAUUACAGGAUCUGAUAGAAUACCUGCAACGGGAAUACAAAACUUGCCGUUUAAAAUAACAUUGUUGAACCAUGGCCAAGAUAGUUCUAGAUUGCCAUUGGCUCAUACAUGUUUCAACGAGUUGGCAAUUUACAAUUAUAGCUCAAGAGAGAAAUUCACUGAUAAGCUAAACAAGGCCGUUUAUGAAAGCGCGGGAUUUGGCAUAAAAUAG